UAAUGUAAAUUAUAUUUACACCAAUUCGUAGUUCUCAGGUACAUAAGUUUAAAACUAGAACGCCCUUAGAGAUCGAUCCUUAUGCAAUCGAUUACAUAACCACAAUGUAAUUUUAAUAUUAUACUUAUUUUUACCCCUUUCAGUACAAUACUGUUUAGCACUAAAACCAGCUUUCAAUAUUUAUGCGGCUUAAAAAUUUUAGCUUCAUACAAAUUCAAAUAAAGUAGAUGUAUACAAUAGAUUGGGCUCAUCGCCCAACCCCCUUCUCAGUCAACCAAUCCACGGCCAACGAAUUAAAAAACAAACACCAUACUCGGCUAUACUUGCCUUACAUACUGAGUGCGCUCAAAGCCACUCUUUUUUUUUUUGCACGCAGUCACCAAUUGGUUAUAUUCAAACCUCUGCGCAUACAAUGUUACUACUGUACAUCAAGUAUACCUGUUUCAGAUUGAAGUAAAAUAAUACCGAAAUUGCCCAAGAAUUUAAUCUCGUAUACACAUAUCAAGUAACCAAAUUUCAAUCAAAUCAUGAUUUUCGGUUGAACAGGCAAUUCCUGUUGAAGUACAUCUAGCUAUCCUGCAGACAUAAAAAUGGGUCAAAACACGGGCUAAAGUUUCAGUUCGCGCUAAAUAUCAACAGUUAUGCAUGGUUCAAGGAUACAAAAAAUGCUUUGAAGUCAACCUGUGCCUCACUACGAAGAAGGGACUUUGAUCCAAAACAUCGCGUAUCUCUCUUCAAGCAAAAUACUAUGCCUCAACUGACAAACAUGCAGACGCAUAUUAAUAAUAAAAAAAUAAUUCUAAGAGAGAAAAAAAAAAACUCCCCCCAUAAUCCCACACAAAUGAACCAAUAUGAAUGGAAAAAUAUAUUUUUAUAUUGGUGGUUUGUAGCGUAGCCCACAGUUGUUACCAAUGUAUUAUUGCUUGUAUAUCCUCCACAUUAAAUACCCGCCCUAAAACCAGCUAACUGUCUAGUUUUACAUUUUCAGUUUAUGAAACAUGCACGCGCGCGGUUAAAUUACGGCGCAAUGCGGAUAUACAUACUUUGAUUUCCGUCUUGUACAGUUGAUGCUUGAUUCCAAAAAAAUAAAAAAAAUAAAUGCUAUGCGUAAGAAAAGGCUUAAAAGACUUCCAUAAUCGGCGAUGUGCUUCUAAUGUCGACGCGCGCAUACAAUUGUUUCCAUUACUACUAGGUAUAUAUUCUCCUACAAACUAUCAAUCUCUCAAAGAAUUGAUAUGGAUUAUAUGUUAAAUUGCUUGAGGGUGCCGUUCCCGACGCCUCUGUACGCCUGCAUUCAUUCAGUGCUUGCUUCGAUUCAAACCUUACUUUAAAUUUUAUUCUCAUAGCAAUAAUCGUUCCUCGUAUUAUUUCACUAAACCAAAAAUUCUUCUUAAAUCCUUUUCAUUUAACAAUAGGGUCCCUUGUCUUUAUGACCUUCUCAUCACGCACAUUCUUAACAAAUACGGAUACAACACAAACACGGAGUAAAU